AUGGCUUCGGCGGAUCAGCGCAAUGCGCGGACCAUCCAUACGGCGGCAUGCCUAAUUAUUGGCGAUGAGGUUCUUGGGGGCAAGACUACAGAUACGAAUUCGGCAUUCAUGGCAAAGUGGUGUUUCUCCCUCGGCAUGAACCUGAAGAGAGUUGAGGUCAUAGAAGACGAUGAAGACGAGAUCGUGGAGGCUGUCCGAAGGAUGAGCGAUCGCUACGACUUCGUCGUUACCAGUGGAGGAAUAGGACCGACACAUGAUGACAUCACCUACCAAUCCAUCGCAAAGGCGUUCGGGCUGAAGCUUGUGCUACACGACGAGGCUUAUAAGCGCAUGAAGAAGCUGACCAAGCCUCACAAGUCACAUCCGAAUUUCAGCUGGGACGUUGAGUCGCCCGCCAAGACAGCACGUCUACGGAUGGCCCAGCUUCCCAUUGACGAGUCUCGCGAUCUGGCUAAACAGGCUCUGUUUCCUCGGGAUGACCUGUGGGUUCCGGUAUCCGUGGUGAACGGAAACAUUCAUAUCCUUCCGGGUGUGCCAAGAUUAUUUGAAGGACUCCUAGAGGGUCUCAAACCAUUCAUCGUGGACCGGCUGGUCGACCCCAAGGGCAAAGGUAUCUGUAGAGUUAUCAUCUCCACGCCGAUGGCCGAGAGUGCGGUGGCCGGAUACCUCACGGAGCUGGCCGCGAAGGUCGGGCCCAAGGGAGUCAAGGUCGGAAGCUAUCCCCGGUGGGGGAAGCAGAAUAACACGGUCACUCUUGUCGGACGCGACGUGGCGUACCUCGAGAGCCUCGUGCCGGAGGUGGUGGCGAACGUCGAGGGAAAGCGCGUUCAUGCUGAGGGAGAGGAUAGCGAGCCUGAGGAUCUGGCGGCAUAG